GGGGGGGGGGGGAGGGGGGGAAGAGCCCUGGAGCCCGUGGAGGUGUCGAGUAUGGGUUCGACGGCGCCUCCCCGCCGUCGGAGCGUAGCGGACAUGGAGAAGAAACAGGUUUUGUCCGGCAAAUCGCAGCAGGUUAAAUAUAGCAACAGCGAGGCAGAUACACAUGGCGGCGACGCACUUUCGGCGUGGCGCCGCCUCCACCGGAGUUAUGUCGACGGGACGCCAGGGCGCCUGGACGCCGGGGAGCCGGCACGCCAGCGGCGCAGGCCUCGGUGGACGGACACCAAGGACGGGAAAAGCAGCAGUAAAUACGUGCUGCGACACCGUGGCCAGCGUCGCAACAGCUGCAGCACGCUGGCACGCCGAGAUUGGCUGCGACUAGUUGCGCCGGGGCCUAUCGUACUGUCGGGCCUCUUUCUUGGACAGGCCCCCCACCUCCCUACGCUCCUCGGGUCGAUCCACCCUGCCUGUGAUCCCAUCACGAAAUUUCCCUGUUUUUCUCCCAUAUGCUUUCCGCUUUGGGCAAACAGAUUGCCCGAUUCGAGCGCGGGCGGAGCGUCCUUCUCUGGCGCAGAGACUGCUCUGCUGCCGAUCUGCGUCGGCCAUAACGCCCGAGACGAAGGCAAGGCAACGGGGCAGCAGCCCGCCGGCAGAAAAAAGGGAAGGUUGCCCGCCGGCGGGCGUCAGGAGGGCCUUGAGCGGGCCUCAGGCGGACAGGCGACGGCCACGAGCCGAGAAAUUAUAAGCAGCGGCAACGCCACUGCCACUGCCAAUGCCACGCCAUUGCAGAGCUGACCUCUGGCGCCUCGCCCACCGGCUUCUAUUUGUAGCAGCCUGGCCUUCGGUGGCUGUCAGGCUCUGCUCUUGACGUUGGUCCGCCACGAGAAUGCGGACUCUUUCAGGAGGCGUUCCGGCUGGCGGCUGCAUGUGUCGGUUUCUUUUUUUGUCAGCAGCUGCAGCGUGGC